AGAGUGAACAAACACAAAAGUUUACAUCAUGUUGAUGCUAUUGCUCUCUUUGCUUUAUGGGAGGGUAUCAACACAUUCGAAUGUAUGAUGUCAAUUCUAGCAAUCCAAAUCCAGUUAUUAACUAUGAUGGACUAAGCAAAAACGUAACAUGUAUUGGAUUUGAGAAGACCGCUAAAUGGAUGUUUACAGGUGGGGAGGACAAAACAGCAAAGAUCUGGGAUCUCAGAGUUAGAAACAUUCAGUGUCAGCGAAUUUUCCAGAUGAAUGACCCUUGCACAUGUAUAUGUCUUCACCCAAAUCAGGUUGAGAUGAUGGUUGGAGAUCAGAGUGGUGCUAUUCACUUGUGGGAUCUUCGAACUGAUUACAAUGAGCAAGUGGUUGCUGAGCUUGAUAUUCCAAUACGAACAGUUAGCAUUGAUGCAGAUGCCAGCUACAUGGCAGCAUGUAGCAAUACUGGUAACUGUUUUGUGUGGUCAUUGCUUGGUGGUCGAGGAAAUGACCGCAUACGUCUCAAACCCAAAACAAAAGUCACAGCACACCCAAGAUAUGCACUCAAGUGCCAGUUCAGUCCAGAUUCUUGUUUUCUGGCCACAGCAAGUGCUGACAAGUCAGUGAAGAUCUGGAACACAGCUGACUUUUCUCUUCGUAGAACACUGUCUGUAAACAGUCAGGAAUGGGUGUGGGAUUGUGCAUUCAGUGCUGACUCCCAGUAUCUUGUCACAGCAUCAUCUGAUGGAACAGCUAGACUGUGGAACAUUGACCAUGGUGAUGUCAAACGAGAGUAUGUAGGUCAUCAGAAGGCAAUUGUGUCAUUGGCCUUUUAUGAUGGCUCUGCACUUGAGUAAGCAGAACAGCAACAGAAAGCAAGCACGUUGUGGUGAUGUUGGUGGAUGGAUACAAUUUCCAAGUACAAUUACUAUAACCAUAGUGCAUGAAAUAACAAAUACGUUUUUACUGUGCCUAUAUACAAAUGCAAUCUGAAACUGUAUGUAGGAUAUGAGUAGAGGAAGUAAGAAUUACAUACAGA